UGCGAAACAGCGAUUCUAGUUCGUCAGAUAGUGUUACAGGCAAGAUGGCAGCCGCCCGCGGUAAACAGUAUGGGCUCAUAUUGCCCCAGAAAAGCACGUCCAAAUCUGCCUCGCUCCCGCGACCUUCUAUAUUUGAAGAUGACUCGGAUGAGGAAACCUCUGUUGGUGAGACUUUACAGAAGGAGGCAAUCAAAAAGAAAAUGAUGAAGCAGACUCGCCUUGAGAUGCAGAAGGCUCUGGAAGAGGACAGCAGUGUUUAUGAGUAUGACAAUGUGUAUGAUGACAUCCAGAAACAAAAAUUUGAGAGCAAUAAGAAACUGCUAGGAGGUACCGACAAAAAGCCCAAGUACAUAAACCAGCUAAUGCAUGCAGUAGAAGAGAGAAAGAAAGAACAAGAACGGCGUGAAGAAAGAAAGGUCCAGAAGGAAAGAGAGGCAGAGGGGGAAAAGUUUGCUGAUAAAGAAGCAUAUGUCACAUCAGCAUACAGGCAGAAGCUCAAAGAGAGACAAGAAGAGUUGGAGAAGGAGAGAAGAGCAGCAGAGAUAGAAGCUGCCUUGGAUGUAAAGAAGCAGAAGGACCUUAGUGGAUUUUACAGACAUCUCCUGAAUCAGACAGUUGGACAGGAAGCUAUUCCUGAUCCGAGUGCUGAAAGGCCAGAUAAAUCUAAGGAAGAGAAGUCUCCAGUUGUGAACUCUCCACAACGAGCCAAUGACAGUGAGGAGGAACCCCACACUGACGAGGACCAAAGGACCUCAAAACCAGAGUUUAGCAAGACAAGUAGCAACAGCAGCCACUCUAGGAGGCACUACCGCCAGAGAUCUCCUUCCUCAGGCAGUGAUGAACGAGAGGAGAGGAAACCAGACAAAGAGAAGAGGUGUCACAAAGAAAAAGAGAGGGACAGAGCGAGGGAUAGAGAUAGAGAAGACAAGCAUGGCCACCGAAAAGACGACAGGGACCACAGGGGAGAGAGGGACCGACAUCGGGAGAGGGAGGAUGACCGAGGACGAGACAGAAGAGACAGGGAGGAUGACCGAGGACGAGAAAGAAGGGACAGGGAGGAUGACCGAGGACGAGAAAGAAGGGACAAGGAAAGAGACAAAGAGGACAGACAUGGAAAGAGGAACAGAGCAGAGGGCAGCCCAAAAGACAGAGAACAUGACAGGAAUGAAGAGAAAGGGAGGGAGCGAGACAGACACAAGGAGAGAGACCAUCACAAAACAGACGAUAAAGAGAAAAGAAAGGAUGCAGAAAAAGAGAGGGAAAAGAAAACCCAAGGGGAGGGGAAGGAGAAAGAAAAGGGUGCCCAGGCUGAAAAUGGCACUGAAGGUGAGGCAGCACAGGCACCCAGCAAAUUUGCAAAGCGCAGUAGUGAACAGACUGUGAGCUCCGCCAGGGAGAGGUAUCUGGCCCGUCAGAUGGCUCGAUCGGCUGCAAAGCCCUACAUUGAGAAAGAGGAUGACUGAGAUGCAAUUGUUUUACUAUGAUUAUACAUACUGUGGAUGUUGGUACCUGAACAAACAGUUUGAGGAAAGUGUUGAAGUGUAAAUGAGCCUGUCCAAAUAUUAGUCUAGUUUUCACUGCAUUUGCAAUUCCUUUGCCAGCUGUACAGUAACUGUGUUGUGAUAAUUAAAGAAAAGUGAUUGUGGGUA